AUGACCAGCCUCUUCCGCAAACACAACACCCCCAAACCCCUCCACACCAGAUGGGGCGACGUCACCAUCUCGACCCCAACCGACGGUGCCUGGAACCAAUACCACAACCCCCAUCACCCCCACAAGGCCUACGACUACGGCCCGGGCUUCAUCCCCGAACACCCCCCGCUGGCCGAACCCGCCCCGCGACCCGUGUCCUUCUCCCGCCGCCUUUCCAUGCGCCUCUCCCCGCGCUCCAGGACAAGCCUCGCAGCGUCCGCCUCAGCCCGCAGAAGCGACGACUGCCAGCCGCUGCUCGACCGCGAGUCGCACUUUGCCUACCGCCCCAUCCAGCAGGACUAUCCGCGCGAAGUCGAAAAGGCCGCGGCCGCGGCCACUCCCAGCCCCAGCCUCAACCGGCCCUCUAGCCAUCGCCAGAGCCAGACCUCGCCGCAGUUCCGGUAUAUCCCGGCGCGCACGCGGUAUGAGGAGGAGUUCGCGCGCACCUCGCCGCGCAGCUCGUGCGGGAGCAGUAGCCUGGCGCCUAGCGAGGACGAGAACCGCCGGUUCUCGCUGUAUGCGGGGCAGGAGGGUGGAGCGUGUGGUAACUAUGAGAGUCCGCGCCUGUCGCCUGAUUUGGGGUGGAUGGUUGGCACGGCGGUGCCGCGACGGGGCUCGGCGGGCAAGAAGCGGUUUUCCACACGCCGGAUGACCAUGACGAUGGUGCCUGAUGCGGAGGAUAUCUAUGGGUGA